AUGCUGCUCGUUCACGCCACGCUGCUCGUUGGUAAGUGAAUGCUCCUGCUACUUCUUUCUCCUGAAUUUGUUGACUGGUGUUUUGGCUCACUGCCCCUCAAUUUACUGAUUGCUUCUACAGCAUCAACUUGCGAGUUGGUCAUCUCCCGCUCGUAUAUUGUAUGUGCUGCCAGGAUCCAUACAGUGUAAGGGUUGGUGUGAGGUGUGACCCAUGUGCGGUGCAGGAUAGACAGUAGGCAGUAGGCAGAGAUGGUGAAACAAGGAUCUUUACUGGUGGUCCCGAAGCAAGGAUACAAAACAACAGACUUAACACGAUAAAAGAAAGGUGGAGCAAAUAAGUCUCCAAAAACAGGCUGACAGCCAAAAAUACGAAAUAGUAACAGGGAGAAAACUUCUCGAGUACCUGUACAUACUUCUCCAAUCAGACACUGAUUAGUACUGCUGAGCAUAGAGAAACUAGCAGAGAAAACUGAGCAAGGGAACACAGGAAAGUGAGGGCAUAAAUACAGAUAGACACAGGUGACACCAAUGGGAUAAUGAUUGGUCCAGACUGUGAGUAAGGAGGUGCCUAAGGUUGUCGGAGGAUGACACCUAGUGGGUCACUCUGGAACUGCGACCCCCUCCUACAGCAUACAGUGAGCAAGUCCUCCGCUUUCUCUCUGUUUGCCGUACUGGUGUGUGACUCAAGUGUGUGUUGCUCUUGUGUUUGCCAUUUCACAGGCUGUGCUUGUUUUAGGAGGUGGGGUGCGGGAUGUAUUUGCGAACCCACUGUAGCUUAUAGAACACUUUUAGUAAACUCCUGUCAAGAAGAGAGACACAGAAGUCCUGUUAGCCUAGCUAGCUUAGCUAGUCUGUAGUUUCAAAUGGAGGUCGCUAAUGAACGGUUUCAACACUGCAGGAGCUGUAUUUAUUUUUGCUCUAUUCCAGGACUAUGUGGACCGUCCGGACUUUAAAUGUAGCAAUUGUUUGCUCGCAGAGGACUACAGAGGCAAAAUGGCUACUCUUAGCAAACAAGUAGUGAACUUACACAAGCUACUGGGGAAUCCACGUCCGAAUGCUUUCUCUUUUUCUUCUACUCCAGUAGCUGGACGCCGCUCUGACCUGAUGGGAGUGUCGCCGCCGUGUCGUCUCUCCACAACCGACUGGCCGGUGCUCUGCAGGGAUCCCUCCCCAAAGGGGUUUCCCCCUUCCCUGGAAAAUGGAAUUAGUAGAAUGCUUCUGGAUGACUUAAUGGAUGUACCUAUUCUUGACCCUAAUAAAAAGCGUGAGCUGGCGCAAACCCAGAGACGUUUAUUUUGCGUAGAGGUGCUGACUGUAAGCUAUAAAAAAUAUAUAAAGAGAGUCGUACACUCUAUAUAUAAACUCACAGUAAUUUAUUGGGUAAAUCUAUUAAUUAUUGAACCUGCCAACCUGCCAACCUGCCAUGGAGGCACGUCACCCCCCAAUGUUAGUCACUUGCCGUGGAAGCGGCCUUUGACAAUUGGGGCCUCUUUGGCGGUGAGAAGCCCGGACCGGAUACAGACUUCAAACAGCUUCGCCGCCCUGGAUCCAGAGGUUCUGGCGCCUUCACCCCUGGGGGCUUCCGGUUCGAGAUUGGAUCCUGA